AUGAGACUGCCCGGGAAAGUCCGGACGCCUGAAGAAUUCUGGGACCUUCUUAUAAGCCAGCGCGACUGUUCUUCCGACGUGCCCAGUUCGCGGUACAAUAUUGACGCGUUUUACCACCCUUCCAAAUCCCAGUCAGUGCGUACUCGACGUGGAUACUUCCUCGACGAUGAGUAUAUGCACAGCUCGGACAGGUCUUUUUUCCCGCCCAUCCCAGGGUUCUCAGGUAGCGACCUGGACCCCCAGCAGAUGCAGCUUCUGGAGGUUGUCUGGGAAUGCAUGGAGAAUUCCGGACAAACUAAGUGGCAAGGGAAGAGGAUCGGCUGCUAUGUCGGUGUUUUUGGUGAAGAUUGGCAUGAGCUAACGGCGAAGGAGCCCCAACACGUUUCGCGGGAGCAUGCAUUUGCAAAUGGGGGUUAUACCCUGUCAAAUCGGGUCUCCUAUGAGUUUGACCUAAAGGGACCGAGCGCAACCAUUCUGACAGCAUGUUCCUCGUCCUUAACGGCUCUGCAUGAAGCCUGCCAGGCCCUUGCCACUGGGAGCUGCGAUUCAGCAAUUGUAGCAGGCACCAAUAUGCUCUUAACACCUUCUAUGAGUGUGACAAUGUCUGAGAAUAUGGUUCUAUCUCCAGAUGGGUACUGCAAAGCUUUUGAUUCGAGUGCAAAUGGCUAUGGGCGUGGAGAGGCUGUGAAUGCUAUCCUGAUCAAGCCGCUCGAGUCGGCACAAGCAGAGGGCGAUACUAUCCAUGCAAUUAUUCGUGGUACAGCAGUGAACUAUGAUGGAAAGUCUGCCAGGAUCUUUGCACCAGAUGUUGACAGCCAAGAGCGACUGAUAUACGAUGCAUAUCUAAGGGCGGGGAUACAUGAUAUCUCUCAGACUGCUUUUGUAGAAUGCCAUGGGACUGGAACGAAAGUUGGCGAUCAAGUGGAGACAACAGCCAUCGCUCGGGCCUUUGGUGGGAAGGGUGUGCAUAUUGGUUCUGUAAAAUCAAAUGUUGGCCAUGGUGAAGGGGCGUCAGGGUUAACAGCAAUAAUCAAAGCUGUGUUGGCCUUGCAGCAUCGCAUGAUCCCACCCAACAUGCACUUCAAGAAUCCUAAUAAAGCUAUUCCGUUCGAAAAAGGUGGCCUUCGCGUCCCUACAAAACCCACUUCCUGGCCUGUUGGCCGCAGGGCACGAGUGAGCGUAAAUGGAUUCGGAAUUGGAGGAAGCAAUGCCCAUGUCAUCCUUGAUGCACCCCCCGAGUCUCAGCAACUCUGCCGAACAGAGGUCAACGCCCCCGGCAGCUGUCGGGUUAUUGCUGUGUCCGCCCGGAGUCCAGCCGCGCUGCAGUCACGCCUGGCUCAGAUUCAGGCUUAUCUCGUGGCAAGGCCCGAUGUUGUCCAUGACCUUGCUUAUACGCUUGGAGCUCGGCGCGAUCAUUUGUCACAUCGCGGGUACUUUCUCUGCGGCACCAAAGGCAUCGCAUCCGGACCUUAUUUCAAAGAUUCGGCCGCUCAGAUGAAGCCCUCGGUGGUAUUUACAUUCACUGGACAGGGAGCGCAGUGGGCGGGGAUGGGGAGGGAGUUGAUGGACAACUUUGCAACCUUUCGGCAUGCCAUCCACGCAAUGGACGAAGUCUUGCAGAGGUUUCAAACUCCGCCGACAUGGAGCAUUCAAGCGGAGCUUCGGAAAUCCGAGGAUACUUCCCUGGUCAACAGGACGGAAUACUCUCAGACCUUAUGUGCGGCGUUCCAGAUUGCUCUGGUGGAUCUGCUGGCCAGUUGGAAUAUCAGUCCCGCUGCCGUGAUCGGCUAUUCCAGUGGUGAGGUCGUGGCCGCUUACGCGGCCAAGGCAAUUUCAAUGGAAACCGCGAUCACAAUCGCAUAUAUGCGCGGAUGCUGUGUGCAAACCUCGUCGUCUAGCGGAGCCAUGGCUGUCGUUGGUCUGGGGAAGGACAUUGUCGUGGACUUCUUGAUUGACGGUGUAGUCGUUGCGUGCGAGAACAGUCCAGAGAGCGUCAACAUCUCAGGAGAAAAGUCCAGACUAACGGCGGUUGUCAACCGCAUUCUUGAAGCAAAUCCAGAAACGUUCACGCGAUAUCUCGCGGUGGAAGUUGCCUACCAUUCUCCUGAUAUGAAAGAGGCAGCUGCAGCCUUUGAAAUUGCCAUAAACCCCCAUGUUACGUGCAAGAACACAAUGCUACCUCUAUACUCGACGGUCACGGGAAGAAUGGUGUCUGACCCCGCGCUCUUGCAUGCUGGUUAUUGGCGAUCGAAUUUGGAAUCACCCGUUCUGUUCUCGACUGCAGUUCAGAAUCUUAUUGACCAGCAGAGGGACCGCGUUCUCAUUCUCUUGGAAAUUGGACCCCACUCCACCCUCUCUGGGUCACUGCGUCAGAUCUGUGCAGCUCGCUCAGUUGAAAACUACUCUUACGUCCCAACGGUUGUCAAAAAUGCCAAUGAGGUGCAUUCUGUGAUGAAAGCAGUGGGCGAGAUAUUCUGCCAAGGAUUCCCCGUCGACUUCGCGAAUCUCUAUCAGUAUGGAAAGCUCCUUACAGAUCUGCCCCUCUAUCCCUGGGAUCGGCAACGGAACCAUUGGAAAGAGAGCCGCAUCAGCCAUGACUGGAGAUUCCGCAAACAUUCGGUUCAUGAGCUCCUGGGCGCCCAGAUGCUGGAGACCAGCCCCCUGGAGCCGGCAUGGCGAAACCUGCUCAGCUUGAGGAAUGUUCCAUGGCUUGCUGAUCAUAGGGUACUUGGGGAGUGUAUCUUUCCCUGUGCGGGAUAUAUUGCCAUGGUCAAUGAAGCAAUAAGACAGCUGUCCAACACACUAAAAUGCACGAUUCGCAGUCUACACGUCAAGACCCCGCUUGCUUUACCCAGUGCCGAUAGCACCGUGAUAGAACUAGUUACCACAAUGAGGCCAGUGCGAAUCAGCGAUCGUCUUGAUUCGAGAUGGUACGAGUUUUCCAUAUCUUCUUACGACGGCCACGAGUGGACCAAACAUGCGACUGGGAAAGCUCUGGCAAGCGCCGAGGAUUUGAGAAGUACUGCCCUGGAGCCGCCGUCUUUUGAAAGAGCUGUCUCCUCGCCGAUCUGGUAUACCAUGAUGGCAAAUGUGGGGCUGCAAUACGGACCACACUUUCAGGGCCUCGAGAAAAUCACUGCAGAUCCUGUUCGCUAUGAAGCAAGCGCCACGAUCCGCGGACACACCAUCCAAACAGGUACUAGUCAUGCUCUUCACCCUACUUCAAUUGACCAAUGCUUGCAAUUGCUCAGCGUUGCAGCCACUCAUGGAAGAUCUCUGCAUUUAACAAAGCCUUACAUUCCGAUGUACAUCGAGGAGGUCUGUCUUGGUCAUAGUAAGGACUUUAUGGUAGCCAUGGCCUCAGGAAGCACCGUCGCAGGGAGUACAGGGCAGGGCAAUGUUCAAUUGAUGUCAGAAAAGAGUCCUGUGCUCGAGAUGCGUGGAGUUACUCUGAUUCCACUGGAUCUGGGUAGAGGAAGCGAGACCUCAGAAUUUCCGCUCUUGUCUCACGAAGAGUGGCGACCAGAUCUGGACUUGUUGCCUAGUCAUCUACAGUUGCCCCUAUCACAGGACUCGGAAGACACCAUGGAACUACUCUUUAAAGCUAUCGGAGUUUCCUUGCUGCUUCUCCAUCGCAGAUUGAUCGCUAUGGUGUCGUCUUCGGGUCUCUUGCAGCGCGACAAAGCAUGGGUGCAGCAGCAGAGCAAAAUAUUAGCCGCGCGAGGUAUCUUAUGCGCCGCCAACGAGGAGGCCUGGGCUCAGCUUUGCAGUGAGAGCUUAGAGCAGCAGUGGAAUGUCUCAAGGAAGAAGCUUGAAGCUAAGGGAUUGGCCUUCCUCGUGGAAUUUGUCGAGAUAACAGUACAAGAAAUAGCGGCCGCUUUCGAACAGUCACCGUGCGCCUCGAUAUCGAUGGCAAGGGAAAACGCACUGCGCAAGUUCAACGACUGGGUCCCUUCACUGAGCGGCCUAUCACACUGGCUUUCUCUUCUUGGGCACAGCAAUCCGUGUCUCCGCAUUCUCGAAAUCGGCGGGCAAAAGAAGUCCUUGUCUCCUUUUGUUUUGCAGAACCUAGCCUCUGACGAGAACGAUCUCUACUCAAGAUACACGCGGACGGAGAAGUUCAGUAUCGACAAAAUGGUCAAAGAACAACUGCAAGGUUAUAGUCACAUUGAUUUCAAGUUAUUCAAUGUCGACGAGGAGCCGUCAGUGCAGGACCUCGAGGAGAAUAGUUAUGAUCUGGUCAUUGUAACUGACUUGGCAGCUCAGACGGCAAUGCCGGGGGCAGCGUUAAGGAAUAUUAGGAAGCUUCUCGCCCCUGGCGGACGGCUUCUCCAUCGUGAACUUUGCCCUACUGUCCACCCGGAAGAAGUUUACGACAAUAUUAUCCCACUCGAAACUUGGGACAAGGAACUUCGACAUGCUGGCUUCAGCGGGGUUGAGGCAAGUGGAUAUGAUGGCAAUUCAAGGUGUCAUCUGUAUCGGACUUUCGUGUCACGCACACACUCCGAAAGCCGCAAACACGGCGGCACAAUCUAUCUUCUCUGUCCUAGCGAAGAAAAUCACAGUGUAAGAUUCUCUGAGUUCAAGAAACAACUGACCCGACUUCCCCACAAAGUGGAGCAAUGCACUUUAGGGGAUGAGAUCCCGCACGGCCAGCGGGUCAUAUCACUUCUCGACCUAGAUGGCCCGUUCUUCUCCAAUAUAAGCGCACAAAACUGGACUAGGUUUCAGCAGCUUAUCCUUCUCAAGCCUCAAAUCAUUUGGGUCACCAAAUCUGUCGAAUUGAACUGCGAGAAUCCAGACUUCGCGCUUGUCAUGGGCGUCUCGCGAACGGCGCGCCAGGAACAGGAGAUCUCUUUUGCGACGUUGCAAGUCGACAACUUUGACCCGUCUUCGGCCCAAGCAUUGGUGGCAGUAUCGCAGAGGUUCUUUAGCUCGUCACAACAGAAUAAACUAAUUGAUAUGGACUAUGAGUUCGCACUCCGUGAUGGCUGCAUUCAUAUCCCACGGACAAGAUGGACCUCUCUUACAGACAGGUUACAACACGUUCCACGCCAGAAUGCGCCCCUACAUUUAGAAAUUGGCUCUUACGGAUCACUGCAAUCCUUAUUCUGGGGCGAGUCCUCACUUGAGUCAUUGAAGGAUGAUGAUCUUGAUGUUGAGAUCCUGUAUGUCGGGCUCAAUUUCCGCGAUCUCAUGGUCGCGCUGGGACAUAUGGGAAAGAAGGAGGAGCUUGGUGUCGAGGCCACGGGCAUCAUCAGACGAUCUGGCUCCAAUGUUGGGCACUUGAGGCCUGGGGACCGCGUGAUGAUAUUGGGACUUGGCUCGUUCUGUACCCGCAAAGUCUUACCGGCCCGUCGAUGCGCCCGUAUCCCAUUGUCUUUGUCUUUUGAAGACGCCACGAGUAUGCCUGUUGUCUUUGGGACCGCAAUAUAUUGCCUCAGAGACAUCGGUAGGCUGGAAAAAGGGCAGUCCGUCCUUAUCCAUGCGGCCUGUGGAGGGGUCGGUCUGGCCGCGAUACAGAUCUGCCAGAUGAUUGGGGCCAAGAUUUAUGCAACAGUCGGAAGUGAGAGAAAGGCUCAGUAUUUGGUGGACAAGUGUGGUAUUCCACGAUGCCACAUUUUCAGCUCUCGAGACCCCUCCUUCGCCCGCGAGUUAAUGCAAGAGACCCAGGGUGAAGGUGUAGAUAUUGUGUUGAAUUCCCUCGCCGGGGAGCUCCUCCAUGCAUCGUGGCAAUGCGUGGCCGAGUUUGGGAAGAUGAUUGAAAUUGGCAAGCGCGACUUUCUGGAACAUGGCUCCCUAGCCAUGGACCUAUUUGGGCGCAAUCGCGCGUUCUUCGGCGUAGACCUUGUCCGGCUUCUGGAGAGGCCAGAGAUGAGCACGAGGCUUGUCCGCCAGGUCUUGAAUCUGUACGACGAAGAGAAAAUCCGUCCUAUUCGUCCCCUGAAGGUGUUUUCCAGCAUCGAAAUGACGGAGGCAUUUCACAACCUCCAGCUAGGACUUCACCUCGGCAAAAUGGUUAUACGGACGCCCGAGGCAUCCGAAAGGAGCCUGAUGGCCCUAUCGAGACGCAAUUCGAAAUUUUCACCUUUACUGACUUAUUUCCUCGUUGGUGGCCUCGGCGGUGUUGGCCGGGCGAUAGCGACUUGGAUGGUAGAGCGAGGGGCCCGACACUUCCUUUUCAUGUCCCGAUCAGCUGGUACUACAAAGCAAGACCAGUCAUUUCUGCGCGAGCUCGAGCUUCAAGGGUGUACGGCAAUUAUGUUUCCAGGUGAUGCGUCAGUGCUGAAGGACGUGGAAGCCGCCAUCGAAGCUUGUUCCCACCCGAUCGGCGGCGUGCUCCAGCUGUCGAUGCUUGUCCGGGAUCAUUUCAUUACCGAAAUGAGCCACGACAACUGGAAAGCAGUACUCGCGGCCAAGGUAGAUGGCACGUGGAACAUACAUCACGCGUUGGCGGGCAGAGACGCCAGCUUGCACUUCUUCGUCGUUUGUGGUUCCAUCACUGGAGUCAUGGGGAACGCAGGGCAGGCCAACUACUCGGCGGCGAAUACUUUUGUGUCCUCGUUUGUCCAAUACCGGCUCCAGCAGGGCCUACCAGCCUCUGCCGUCAACCUGGGGGGCGUCAAUGAUGUGGGAUACUUGGCAACCCAGAACAUCAAGCUUCGGGACCGCAUGGCCUCCGCGUCGGUGCGACUAUUGAGCGAGCGAGAAGUUCUCGAUGCCUUUGAGGUUGCCAUUUUCUGUGCGGAAUCCACGUCAGCGCCCAGGUUCCUCGGUUCGCUACACGCACCAAAUACUCUCACUGUUGGCAUGAGUAGCACGAAGAGCAUUGCCGACCCCUCCGUCCGGCCCCUCUGGGCCCCCGAUGCCCGGUUUCGCAAGUAUUUCGAUCUGGACCUGAAAUACCAAAUGUCGCGUGAUCCGCUCAAGCAGGCACCAACCGUCCAGCACAUAAUCCAUGACAUUUCGAAGGAUCCCGAUAUCAUCAAGGACGCGUCUUGGAGAGAAAAGGUGAUACUCGAAUUGAUCAAUGCCCUGCAGAAUUAUUCGAUGUUUGCUCGGGGACAGGACCCCCAGCAAAUAGCCGCCAUGCAGAUUGACUCUCUCAUGACACUUGAGAUUCGGAAUUGGUGCCGCCGCUAUGUGGAUCUGGAGCUAUCUCUACUUGAUAUCACGAAAGCGGGGACUAUAGAGGGGUUGGGGGACCUGAUACUUGUCACUCUUCGAGCCAAACAUCUUGCCGAAUAGGGGGUCUCUGGCUGGUAGCGCGCACUGCGGUAUAUCGUAUUUACUACUGAGAUUUUGCCUCUGAAGGGAAAGUCAUAUCGAAUGA